AUGUCCGAUAUUAACACAACUCUCCUCAACUCAAUUCAAAAGAUUGAGGUUGAUCUUGCUGAAAUCAAGCAAGCAUUGCGCGAGCUUCAAAGGCAAUUCAGCAAUCAAUUUGCGCCAGCAGUCAGUGCGGAAGAUCUAACUACAAUGCAACAAAGCAUUAUUGAGCAGAGUUACCAUUCUGUUAAAGCUGCAAAGGAAAAACAAGAGGUUGUGCUAGAAUUGAAAGCAAUAGAACAAAAGAAAGAAUGUAAUAGAGGAAAGGAAGGACGCUUGAUUUUUUUUUUGAAAAAUGGUAACAGUGCCUGUUUUGGCUUUUUACAUAAUAAAUAA